UGGUCUCCAUGAGUGAUGCUGGUCUCCUUUCUAGAUCCAAGAAGAAAAUACCAUGUGAGGCUGCUGGCUUACAACAACAUGGAAGACGGCUACCAGGCAGACCAAACUGUCAGCACUCCUGGAUGCGUGUCUGUUCGAGAUCGCAUGGUCCCUCCGCCACCGCCACCCCACCAUCUCUAUGCGAAGGCUAACACCUCCUCUUCCAUCUUCCUGCACUGGAGGAGGCCUGCAUUCACCACGGCCCAAGUCAUUAACUACACUAUCCGCUGUAACCCUGUCGGCCUGCAGAACGCCUCUCUGGUUCUCUACCUGCAAACAUCAGAAACGCACAUGUUGGUCCAAGGACUAGAACCAAACACCAAGUAUGAGUUUGCUGUCCGUCUGCAUGUGGAUCAGCUCUCCAGUCCCUGGAGCCCCGUGGUCUACCACUCCACACUGCCAGAAGCACCCACAGGCCCCCCAGUGGGGGUGAAGGUGACACUGAUAGAGGAUGACACUGCUCUUGUUUCCUGGAAACCCCCAGAUGGCCCAGAAACAGUGGUGACACGCUACACCAUCUUAUAUGCUUCCAGGAAGGCCUGGAUUGCGGGCGAGUGGCAGGUCCUACACAGAGAAGGGGCAAUGACCAUGGCUUUACUGGAAAACCUGGUGGCAGGGAACGUGUACAUUGUCAAGAUAUCUGCAUCCAACGAGGUGGGAGAAGGCCCCUUCUCCAAUUCUGUGGAGCUGGUUGUCCUCCCCAAGGGCACUUCGGAAUCGAACCAGAGGCCCAAGCGAUUGGAUUCUUCUGAUGCCAAAGCUUAUUCAGGCUAUUACCAUCUGGACCAGAAGUCAAUGACGGGUAUUGCAGUAGGCGUUGGCAUAGCCUUGACCUGCAUCCUCAUCUGUGUUCUAAUCUUGAUAUACCGAAGCAAAGCCAGGUAUGCUUCUCUUGCUCAAGAUGCUAAUGUAGGGCCUGGAGUGAUGGACUCACAGGUAAAAUGCCAAGUGUGA